GUUAUUUGAAAAUUAAAACUUAUAUUAAGCCUCAAUGAUCUUAUGCACAUAUUCACACCGGACCGUCAAAAGUCUCAUGGAUGUUCUGUUUUGAUCAUAUUUAAUCAAAUUCUUGUACAUGAUUAUUUGUCAGUUUCCUGGAUUUCACAAUUUUUAAAGAUCUUUUAUAAUUUUUGGAUCAUGAGGAUCAUAGACUGCCUUUGCUAUGGUUAAAUUCAAGCUAGUUCUUUGUUCAAUAGACAUUAAAUUCAACUGACAACAAUUCAAUGUCUUGACAAUGCCAAAUAAUUUAUUAAAAACUGUUUUCACGACCCAAACAUAAAUACAAAGAAGAUUCACAAAGUGUAAGGCGCGCUGCGACUAUGAAAAGUGCUUUGUAAUACAUCUCAACUUACUCAGAAUUAAUUUUUUAUCUGCAAUUUAAUUGAUUUUAACUGAUAAAAGGACAUAAUUUGCCUGUUAAUUAACAUAACAUUAUAAUAGAAGGACAAAGCAAUAUAAUUUAGUUCAAGUUUUGAUGUAUUUUCCGUUGUAAAUUAGUUUAUUUGUGAAAAAUGUCAAACAAUAACAAUAAAAGAUCACUAAAAAAAUUAUCAGAGGAAAGUCUAACGAGACAACCGGAAGAAGUUUUUGAUAUUAUUUGCAAGCUUGGAGAGGGAAGUUAUGGAUCAGUCUACAAAGCCUUACACAAAGAAAGUGAUCAAAUUCUAGCCAUUAAGCAAGUUCCAGUAGAUACAGACUUGCAGGAAAUAAUCAAAGAAAUCUCGAUUAUGCAGCAAUGCGAUUCGCCAUACGUAGUUAAAUAUUAUGGAAGUUAUUUUAAAAAUACGGACUUGUGGAUUGUUAUGGAAUAUUGUGGAGCUGGUUCUGUGAGUGACAUUAUGAGAUUACGAAAGAAAACCUUAACAGAAGAUGAAAUUGCGACAAUACUGAGUGAUACGUUGAAAGGAUUAGAAUAUUUACAUCUUCGUAGGAAAAUACAUCGAGACAUUAAGGCGGGUAAUAUUCUAUUAAAUUCUGAAGGUCACGCAAAGCUAGCUGAUUUCGGUGUUGCUGGACAAUUAACAGACACAAUGGCAAAAAGAAAUACAGUUAUAGGAACACCGUUUUGGAUGGCUCCAGAAGUGAUUGAGGAGAUUGGAUAUGAUUGUGUCGCAGAUAUAUGGUCUUUGGGAAUAACAGCACUCGAAAUGGCAGAAGGGAAGCCUCCGUACGGAGAAAUACAUCCAAUGAGAGCAAUUUUUAUGAUUCCAACAAAACCACCACCAUCUUUUCGUGAACCUGAUCGUUGGUCAUCAGAAUUCAUUGAUUUCGUUAGUCUAUGUUUAGUCAAAAAUCCUGAAGAACGUGCGACUGCAACCGAUUUACUUCAGCAUGAAUUUAUUCGUAAUGCAAAACCAAACAGUAUUCUAAGUCUAAUGAUUGCAGAAGCCAAAGAAAUACGUGAGAAUCAAAGUUAUACACGUGCAGCGGCGAUUCAACAAGCUAAUAAGCAAUUACAACAAAGUCAUAAUGAUGAUUCCGACGAAGACAAUUCAGGAACAAUGAAAGAAUUUCCUGAUUGUGGAACAUUAGUUCCAUCUAAAGACGAUGAAUUAACAAUGAUCGCUCAUACUGACUGUGGAACUUUAAUACCUGAUAAUGGAACUAUGAUUGAAUUGCAAUCUAAUUUAGGAACUAUGGUUAUUAAUUCCGAUUCCGAAGAAUCUACAAUGAAGCGACACGACACAAAUCCAGACAAACCAAAAUAUCGUCCAUUGUUUUUAGAUCAUUUUGACAAGAAGGAAGCCGAAGGAAAUUUGUUAUGUACUAGCAAUUUUAUUAAAGAAGACGUAAAUAAUCACGAAGUACCCAAAAUGCAAGUCCCAGCCAAAAACACUCCACAACAAAUUCAAGAACAAAUGAUGGUUGUUCUCCCAACGAACCCAGAAAUUGAUCAUCAACAAAUAUAUCAACAACAAAUAAUAAAUUCUCAUGCUCAAAUUCCGAUUGCUACAGCGCCUAUUCCUUCAGAGCUUAGUGAAAAUUUACAGCAUCAAUUUCAACAACAACAAAUUCAAGCUGAUAAUUUGUUGAAAUAUCAAAGAAUGAAUGCGAUGGAUAGUGAUUAUGAGUUUUUAAAGUUUUUAAGUUACGAGGAACUGGAACAAAGACUAGCAAGCCUUGAUAAGGAAAUGGAUAAAGAGUUUGAGGAGACGAAGAAACGUUAUAAGGCCAAGCGAAAGCCAAUUAUCGAAGCUAUUGAAGCGAAGCAACAAAAGCGAAAGCAAAAGAUUGAAGAAUUUUAAUAAUCUUUGGUGCAUUAAUGGCUUUUAAAACAUAUUUUUGCCAUUUUUUCUGAUAUUUUUAAUCAAAAGCGCUUUUAAGUUAGCAAAAUACUUUUUUCCUCGAUAUUUUUUAAUUAAUGAAAAAUUGUUUCAUUUUUCUAACGACUCUCGUAUUUAUUCUUCUCUAUAUCCUCGUAUAUGUUCUUCUUUUUUUCUGACGGAACCUAAGCAUAUAAUGAUUAGAAACUAAUACAACUUUUUACCCCCCUU